UGUGAGUGUCUAGGAUGCCAGAGAGUGCCAGCUGCCGUCAGGGUCAGGGCGACUGCGCACAACUCAUUCGGUCGGCAGCCUCCGCCAGCGACGGACGCCCGCUCCAGGUCUCGGCCAGCUGCUAAUACAUUGAAUCUUGCAUUUAGGUAAUAUAGUUUGCAUUUUUGGACUCGGUUGCAGCCUAUCUGGAUGGUCCAUCCUCAGAGUGUAGAAAGCAUGGCCAUGGGAUAUGUGGUGUGGCUGUGGACAGCGGUGGUGAUUGCGGUUAUCCCCUCCGGGCAUGCUGCAUCACUUAAUCUUCCAGGACGCUUAUGUGUACCACAAAAUGUGGACUGUUCGCUCUUGAGUCGGUUAUCAGGAGGGGUGCUAACUUGUAUAAACGUGAGAGACAGGGUGGAUUGCUUAAAAAAAAUGAGGGACCAUCAGGCUGAUUUUGGCUAUUUUGAAGCUGAAGAUCUCAAUAUGGCAGCAGACUCAUUUGGUGACAAAUUUGAAACAUUACUUCAGAUUGUGACGGGCAAAGAAGUAAGAAGCGUUUACCUCCUAGUGCAUAAUUCCACAAAUCUGAAUAUCAAGAGUGUUUGUCACCCAGGAGUCAACCUCCAGCGAUACUACCCCCGCGCUUUGUACCGCCCUGUCACCAGUACCUCCGAUGAAUUCGUAACAGAUAAGAGCCAGGUGGAUGCAUUGAGCACAUCCUGGAGUAAAGCUUGCAUUCCUGGAUCCUGGUCACAGGACCCCAUUACAGAUAGGCAGCUCAAACAAGAUAAACCUCACCUGUGUGAAGCCUGUGUUCGUAAGAAUUGUGAUGCUAAGGAUCCUUAUGCUGGAUCAGGAGCCAUCCAAUGUCUUCUUGACCAUGCCGCCGAUGCUGCUUUUGUCUCUGAUGUGGACUUUCGUAAGGCUAGGCUCCAGAAUCCUGAAGUGGAAAAACUGUCACAUUUCUGUUACACGGGCAAUGCCACUUGGCAUACAAAGACAAUCUUGCCACUUGGAGACAGAGCGUCUGGUGAUGGAGAACCUUGUGACCGGGGUAAGAGGCCAUUACCAGUUCUCCUGUCUCCUUCCUGUGAAGACAUCCAGUGUAUAAGCCGCAGAAACAUUUGGGUGAAGGCGCUGAGCACACAGGCUAAAACUGUGAUAGAGGUUUUGGGUCUACCUCAAGGCACUCAGUUCAAAACUGUGAGGGAAAAAAUAUCACCAUCUAGAGCCAUCAAGAUGGCUGGGUACAAGCUUAAUCUGACACAACCAAAGAAUCCAGUUCGUUUCUGCGUGCAUAAUGAAGCCGAGCGUGAAAAGUGUGAGGACCUGAAGAUGGCAGCAAGAGCAUAUGGUGUUGAUGCAGGUGUGGGAGUGGACUGCUUCCUGGACCCCACAGAGCACCAUUGUUACCCUGACAUAUACUUCGGUAAUGCUGAUGUUAUAUCACUAGAUGGUGGAGAUGUCCACCAAGUAACACAAGAUUUUGGUUUUGAGCGAGUGCUAAGUGAAGUGUAUGAUACGGGUGCUGUAUCACCAACUUCCUCAUAUUAUGCUGUUGCAGUUGUGAGAGCAGAUUCCAACAUCACAGCAUUUAGUCAGCUGCAGGGUCGCAAAUCAUGCCACACAGGGAUUGGCAAAACGGCAGGAUGGAAGCUACCAUUAGCUACUCUUCUGCACUUAGGAUUGAUUGAUCCACUGCAUUGUAACUAUGUUAGUGCUGCUGCAGAGUUCUUCAGUGGUGGCUCCUGUGCUCCUGGUGCUAAACAUCCUUCAUAUAACAAACAGAACAACUAUGUGGACCGCCUGUGUAGCCUUUGUAUUGGGGCAGGGGAGAAUCAAUGUGCCAGGACCAGUGAUGAACCCUUUUACUCCUACUCUGGUGCAUUCAGAUGUCUGGUGCAGGGUGGAGGUGAUGUGGCCUUUGUCAAGCACUCCACUGUCCCAGACAAUACUGAUGGUUCCUCUUCAGCAGACUGGACAAUAGGGCUGCAGUCUGAUAGGUAUAAACUGCUGUGUCCUUCUGGUGGCACUGCAGCCAUCAGUGAAUUUAGAACAUGCAACCUUGCUUUAGUUCCUGCCCAUGAGGUAGUUAUGUCGGGUCGGUCAUCACCGGAGCGAUUUAGUCAGGUGCGGCAAGUGUUACUUGGAAUAUCAGAAGUGUUUAAAGGAAGUUCUCCAGGAAGUAAGACAUUCCAGCUUUAUGGAUCAUACCAUGGCAAAUCAGACUUGCUGUUUAAAGACUCGGCUGUAGGACUGAAGGCUUUAAGUGACGACACCCCAGAGGAGAGAGAAAGAAAGAACGACUACUUUAAAAAACUUGGCGAGCUUCACAGUUGUGAAAUUCGUGUGUGUGCCCUCGAGGAGCAAAUGGCAGACUGUGAAGCCAUGGCUGAUACAGUCAGUGAAUUGGGCCAACAGUUUGUCUGUGUCAGUGCCAGAGACAGGUUCGACUGUGUUCGACGCAUGAUGAGAGGGCAGAUAGACAUGACCCCAUUGCCUGGAAGUUACCUUAACAUUGACCCUAACCUGCGGAUCAUUGCCAUGGCCCGUGAUCCUAGCUACUCCAUUGAGGAAUACCGCUAUAAAGCUGUGAUGGUUGUACGGCGAGCCACAGUCAGCCAGAUACGUGACCUUCGUGGUAAGAAGGCAUGCCACACUGGCUAUGGAAGGACCACUGGUUGGCAGAUCCCUGUGGCACUGCUAAAACGACAAGGUGUCAUACAACCACCCUGCAACCCCAACCAGUCCACACUGGAGCAUGAGAUUGUAGCUGUGGCCACUGCCUUCAACAGGGCCUGUGUUCCUGGUGAAUGGGCAACAUCUAAAUCUGUGGAUGCAUCACUAAAGCAACGCUACGAAGCCAUGUGUUCAUUAUGCAAAAGUGGAACCUGUGAUGGUAAUGAUGACUAUGCUGGAUAUGAAGGAGCUUUGCAGUGUCUCACACAGAAUGGGGGAGAUGUUGCUUUUAGCAAGCUCAAUAUUGUUCAACAAUUCUUUCAGGGCAAUAGAGCAGUGAACACUAGCAGCUAUGGUCUCCUGUGUGAGGAUGGUCGCAUUGUUGACAUACACUCUUCAAAUGCCAGUGACUGCUUCUGGGCUGCCCGACCCUGGGACACGUAUGUCACACAUGGUGCAGCCAGUGAUGCAAAGGUUCAAAGAUUGUUUUGGGCAUUGAUCCAGACAAAGAGAAAAGGAGAAGAAGAUUUAUCAGUUAACAAUUGGUAUUUUACUACCCUUGGGAUCCAAGAUUCUUUUAUUGAUAUUCUACCUGUAAUGGAUAAUGUGCAAACUGGAAAUUACUAUGCAAAAACUCGCAUGGACAUUGUAAAAUCUGAGGAGAUGUGUGCUGCAGAGGAUGCUGUGAGAUUCUGUGUUACCACUGAUGAUGAACAUAAGAAAUGUGAUGAUUUGAGUAAAAUGUUGAAACUGAGAGGAGUGACCCCUGAUCUCCAAUGUGUCAAGGGAUUAGAUACCAGUCACUGUCUCAAUAUGAUUAGUCUGAACACAGCUGAUGUAGUCACUCUAAAUUACUCCCAAAACUAUGAAGUACAUCAGUUACAUCAACAUUUUGGCAUUGCAGCUUUGCUGUCAGAGAGCUAUGCCUCGGCAGAGUCUAACUCAUACUACCUGGUGGCAGUCAUCAAGAAGGGCUCAGGCAUUAAUACUGUUAGAGAUCUGACUGGGAGGACAACAUGUGGCACAUUAAACAAUUCAUCAGAUGGUCUUGGUAGCCUGAUAAACUGUCUCGGUGCUACUAGUGACCCCUUCCUCACAUAUGCAGAUGCAUUCAGUUGUCUUGUGGGGUCUAAUAAAGAUGUAGCAUUUGUUAAGCAUGCUAUUAAUAGUGAGAGUGAUAUAAAUGGGGAGAUGAAUACGCAACUUAUGGAUCCUCAGAACUUCCAACUUCUGUGUGCAAAUGGGGCUUUUCCUGUCACCAGUUAUAAUGUCAAAGAAUGUAACCUAGGAAGAAUACCAGCUAACGUGGUUGUAACUCGCGAGUCUGAAUCAGGAAUGAGGAUGGAGAACAUGCGUCAUCUUCUUCUAAAAGCAGCGGAAUACUUUGGGAAACCAGAUUCAUUCUUUAGGCUCUUUUAUAAUUAUUUUUCAAAACAUAAUUUACUAUUUAGGGAUGAUACAAGGGCACUGAUACCAGUCAGUGAAGAUACAUACACCAGGUUCCUUUUUGAUAUGUGGGCGCAGGCAUGCGGCUUGCAUGAACGUCACCUCAAAUCGGAGGUAGGCAUAAACUUGUAUGAACAUCACCAGAUUUUAACAAACUUUCAGUGAAGAAAAGAGUCAUCCAGCGUUUGCUUUUAAGUGGUUUACUGGUUGACCCAAAUUAUGAAUGAUAUACUACUGUGGAAGAUGUAGAACAGUUGCUUUCCAGUGUAUGGCUGUUCUUGACCGACAUUUAUCCAUCAUCAUCAUACAUUGUCAUAUUCAUUUAUUGUUCAUUUUUUUUCUAUGUGCCUUAUAAUUAUCUCAAUAGGCUCCUUUACGUAUUGUAAUUAAAAUAAAUGUUGUAUUUACCACACAUGUAUAUUUCUUUUAGUAUUCAAGUAGCUGCUAUUUCAUUGUACAGUAUUGGUUGAACCACGUUAUACAUUCUCGACUCGUAAUCUCGGAUCCCAUGUUCAAUCCUAGGAGAACAGAUAUGGUUGGGCUAGUUUCCUUUCACCCAUUGCCUCUGUUCAUCAGAAGUUAAGGGGUGGACCAACUCCACUGAAGACUGAGGGAGAUGACUCAAAGCCCACAAAUUGUGGGACCAAAAGCUGGCAAAGUGUGCUAGUUGCUCCCCUACAGUGCCAUCAAAGGGACAAACUGCAAAAGGACUGGCAUGAAGAACCAAGAGUGGUGCCAUCCAUAAUGGCAAUGAUAAGCAAACAAAGCAACCAUAGAAAGAAGUGCAAGGGCCCGAGAAUCUAAGUCUGUCAAGGACCUACCCCCACCCAACACCAGGUGAGGUUUCAACUCUACUGGACUACCUCCAAAAAGCAGGGGACAGAAAGAUCCUCAGACUGAGUAACAAAAUAGGGGGCAAACAAUGAUUGGGCUGAAUCGUCUGGGCCAAGUGAAAUGGUGUUACUGCCUCCAGAGGGAGUGAGUGAGUAACUUGGGUAAGGUCACCAAAGCCAGCACUGCAGACAUGGUUUCCACACCCGAGACUGAAGUCAGCAAAUUCAUGCCUUUACAAAACUUUUUGACAAAAGGCUACACGAUUACCCAAAAACACAAGAUGGCUGCCAACUGGGUAUGAUCCAUGUGAUCUUCCAGUGACAGCUCCAAAGUGAACAUGGAGCCAUCACUUGUCCAUGUCUUCAAUAGAGCCAAAUCUGAAUGCCAAAUUUAUUCAUGUCGGUAUAUCACAAGUAAUGUGCUUGGCCUCUUACCGUGGAAUAUUUACUUCAAUGAUGAUCUACUCAUUCUUGAAACUAGCCUAUGCUGAUGACUGCACUCUAACUUUGCAAUAUACAAAAGGGGAAAUGCCAUUUGCUGCAAGCUUCAUUAAUGAUAACUUGCAGCAAUUUCUUCUUGCAGUAGGUGAUGACAGGUUACAUUUGCAGCAGAAUAAAACACACAAGAGAGAUAGAUAUUUAUUUUAACACAUAUAUGUUCAUACUAUACUUAAAAAAAUAUCUCAUAUUUAUUCUAAUAUUCACAUAAGCUAUAUGGCAUCAGAUAAAAUGAGCACCAAUACACAAGCAAUUAUUCAUAGCAGAAAUUCUCCACUUCUCAAGACCAGAUGUACAGUUCUUCUCAUGAAUUGUCAUACAGUACACACAUUUGCUCCCUCCUUAAAAAACCUUCUGUUACAUAAAUUAUGUGUAACCGUAUCACACAUAAAUUAUGUGUGAUACGGUUACAUAAACCAUAUCACACAUAAUACGGUUUCUGUCCGCCAAUCUUUCCGGUCUUCCUCUCCUCAGUGACAUUGAGAAUAAACAAAAAUGAAUUUGCUACAAGUCAGCCUUAUGCAACCCCGGCUGGGUGCCUCCUUCAUGAACUCUCCUAAAUUAAUGAUAUAGUGAAAUUUUAUCACAAAGUAAGUUACUUAGAAAUUUUAAUUUCAUUUUAUCCGGAAUAGCAUCAGUAAUAGAAGAACAAAUUUAAUUUCAGAAUUUUUGUCUUGCACACACCAAGGUUUUCAUAUUAAUUACUUGUGCACUUGAGGGGUUAAGUGGCCACCGGUUGUAGCCAAUAUAAAACCAAGCCAAAAAUGUUUCCCAUUGCCUAUUUUGGUGAUGGGAGGGUGGGGGGGGGAUCACUGGGAUAGGUCACAUUUGAUGAUAUGCAAUUUGUUACUGGUAGAAGCUAACAAUUGAACUCGUAGAAGCUAACAAUUUAUCUCUCAAAACAAAGACAUUUUUCUACUAAUAUACUCUAUUAUGGGAUGCAUAGACUUCUCUAUACCAAUUGGUGUAUUAACCGAGUCUGCAAAUAUAAUGAUUCUUACUGAAUAUGUUGAAGAUUUUCAGCACAAAAAGAAAUAGCAUGUACAGUAAGUAGUUCUUUUGUGAAUUGUACUUCCAUCAUCUUGCAGGCAUCUUCUCCACAGACAUUCGCAAAUCCUACCACUUUCGAUAAUUUUAAUUAUGUACAUUAAUACCAGAACAUGCGCACAAAUUCUGUAUAUUGCUUUUUGUUGUAAUAAAUUCUAAACUCUUUCA